UUUGCAGAACAUUCUUUCAUUGCGAUGUUUUUGAGUUGAUCGAUACAUGACGGUACUCUCAUACAUUUGAGCUGUUGGUCUCGAUGUUUAAAUUGAUCAUCAAUCAUUAGAACUAUUUUUCAAGUACAAAACAGCAAGACUUGCUUGUACAUUGUCGUGUCUCUUCGAUAGCGAUAACGAAACGCUGCAUUUACCUUAGCGUGCUGCUCCCCAGACGUUGAGACAAUUGUGAUUUGAAGACAUAGCUCGGUGUUUAUAUGCUCCUCAAUACAUGCAUAAUAUCGUAGUUCAUAUUCUUUUUGUUUUUUAAUGUUUUAUCAUUUAGUGUUUUUAUAAAUUUAAACUCGAUGGGGCUGCUUUGGUUGGCAUCGCGAUUGGUGUCGGAUAUGACUCUACUUGUAUUUAAAGUGGCAUUGCACCUUUCUCCUGCAGCUAUUUAUCUUACAACAAUGGCUGCUAUCGUGCUAGUGCUGGCCAUGACAACACAAGCUCUAGAGCAUGGCGUGUUAGCGUCGAUUCACCGUUCCAAAUGGCAAAAAAAUCUACAAUACGACGACCUGCGCAGCGCCUUUUACCGCAUUUAUUGGCUGGUUACGUUUCUUUACUUGAUAUGCACUUUUCUGUGGAUCUACUUUACCGAGAGGACAGGGUUUCGCUUCAUUUACGGAUGCGCCUUUUGUGCGUUAUGGUGGGUGUUGCAACUGCUAAUGGUUUUUUAUCUCACUCCAAUAAAUGAGACUAACCAACAUCAAGACUUUGUUAAGGAAGUGAAAAAAAAGAUCUGAUCAUGCUCACUGCUUAUUGCCUGUAGAUGUGUCGAUCAAGUUAGUUUAAUUUAACAUGAUGCAAUUCUUGUCCAGCAAGAUGAUGUCUGUGUCAAAAUCGUGCCUUUUGUUUAAAUUACAUUAAAUGCCGC